AUGGUGAGUCUACCCGCAGUGGAUGCUCCGUAUAUGCAUCGUCUUCGGUGUCCAAUUAUUAAUGUGGCCAUGUCAAGGUCUCUAUAUAUUCAGGCACUCCAAGCUAUGCAAGCUGCAAAUGAGUAUAAUGAUGGCCUUUCCUACUUUCAGAUUGCAGGUAUUCACGGUAGACCAUAUGUUGCCUGGGAUGGUGUAAGUCAAGCUAGCGGUGCUCCAACUACUGGCUAUUGUACACACGACAAACCACUCACCUUCUCUUCUUUAUCACAGCAAAUCCUCGCCAGCCACGCUCAAGCAAUUGCCAAGACCUACAUCUCCACCCUCUACCCCGCCUACCAAGCCGCCGCUGACAACCUCCGCAUCCCCUACUGGGACUGGGGUGCCACCCCGAACAUGCCUAGUAUCGUUAACGUGGAGACGAUUCCCAUCGUACUGCCCUCUGGCGCUACUGCGUAUGUCAAUAAUCCUCUCUUCCGAUACAACUUCCAGAAUCUACCACUUAAUCAACAGCAAUUUCCUCCUGGGGAUGGCGAUGGUAUGAUGGCGCAGUAUAAUUGGACUGUGAGAGAUCCGGACAAUCUCGGCGAUGGACAAAGUGAUUACAGCGCUGCAAACACGAAUUUGCAGAACGCAGGGUUAGGAGAUCAGGUGUGGACAGCAGUCAUGAAAUCGAAUAAUUUCAAUAACUUUGAUACCAUGGCUAGUUCAGGAUCGAGUAUAGAAUCUCCGCACGGUGCUGUACAUGUUCUCGUGGGGGGCGCUUAUGGGCAUAUGUCUUUUUUGAGCUAUUCGGCUUUUGAUCCCAUAUUCUGGCUCCACCACGCAAACGUCGACCGAGUCUUCUCCAUGUAUCAAGCCAUCAACCCCUCUACAUUCAUCACCCCUCUAGUCGAUUACUAUGGCACCUUCACCAUCCCCCCCGGCUCCACCGACACCGCAUCCACGUCCCUCAAACCAUUCGCCGUCUCCAGCUCCACCUUUUACACAUCCAAUACUGUCAGACCGAUGUCACAAUUCGGAUACAGUUAUCCAGAAGUAAUGGAUUGGAAUAUGACAACCGCACAGAUGGCAAGUUAUGUAACAGGAAGAGUCAACUCGUUAUAUAACGCCGAUGGGAGUAACUCCAAAAUUAAAAGAAGAAAUUUCGAAAGUGGAACAAUUUCCUCACAUCAGGAAUCCCAAGGAGUGAGCACAAAUAAAACACUACGUGAAUGGAACGCGGCACUCAGUGUCUCCAAAUUUGAUCUCCAGGGCCAACGUUUCAUUAUUCGACUAUUCUUAGGUAAGAUACCGGAGGAUCCAAAGGAGUGGGGUGGGAGUGAGAACUUGGUAGGGAGUUUGGUGAUUUUACCCCCGCCCGGGGCUUCUGCCAAUGAUGCAGCAGGAGCAUUGGCAUAUGAUGAGAUUGUCAUUUUGAGGGAACCAGUCAUUGGAGGUAGUUAUAAGGGCCAUGAUAAAGAUGGCGAUGGAGAGGGGACAGAGGAAUACUUGAAAGAUAAUUUAAGGUGGAGGGUGCAACUUGUAAGUUAUUCUUGUUGUGUUAUCGAUGUCGGGAAAUUGGAUCCUGUGCUGAUGAAGAUGAAGAUUGAUAAUACGCCAUUACCCUCGACUUCACUACCCACUCUCAAAAUAAAUGUUGGGGAUGAGAUUGUGAGUAUCCCAUAUGACAUUACGCAAAAGCCGGUUUAUGGGAAGAAGACCCUACAUCCUGAUAUUGUUGUCGGUGGAAAUUAG